AUGAUCCACGUUCUCGACGUUGAGAUGCACCGGGCCGGUCGAAUCGGGACCCAGACAGCGUCAUCCCCUCCGCCCUACCGCUUGUACUUUCCCAAUGUGGUUGACCUAGAGCAUUCCGCCAUCCUCCUGCUGCCCAAGUGCUGUCUCACAAGAUCGAGGGCGUCGACGUUUGACUCACCUAGAGGCCCGUGCCACUAUGACGCCGAAACGGUCCACGGAAUAAUCAACUCCACCCCGGUCGCCCACGUCUCCUUCAUCCCGGACCCCUCGGACCCCAAGCCCGUGGUCCUCCCGAUGAUCGCCCGCGUCGGCUCCUUCAACGGCCAGGAGCCCGCCGUCUACGUCCACGGCUACGUCUCAGCCCGCAUGUUCCGCCCCCAGACUGGACGCCCGGACCACCAGCCGGCAACACGGGACGACGACCUCGGGUUCCCCGUGUGCGUGGCCGCCACCAAGAUCGACAACCUCGUCCUGGCCCUCACCCCCUUCAACCACAGCUACGACUACCGCAGCGCAGUCGUCCACGGCACCGCGCGCCUGCUCGACCCGGGCACCAGGGGCAGCCCGGCCAACCGCGCCGAGAUCGAGUACGCGAUGCGCCUCAUCACCGACUCCAUGGUCGCGCACCGCUGGGACAACAGCCGCGCGCCCGACGAGGCUGAGAUCGCGUCCACGCGCAUCCUGAAAGUGCAGAUCGAGUCCGCCUCGGCAAAGAUCCGGGACUCUGGCGUUAGUGAUGACGCCAAGGACCUGAAGAGCGACGAGACCACCGCGCGGGUGUGGGCUGGUGUGAUCCCGUAUGUUGAAGUGCUGGGCGAGCCGCGGCCGGCUGGGACGAACAAGGUCGCGGGUGUGCCUUCGUAUAUCGAGGAGCAUGUCAGGGGCCAUAAUGAGAAGGCUGGUGGACAGGCUGCCGCUGGCGGACUUGUGGGAAAGGUGUUGGGGUCAUUGUUUGGACGGUGA